AUGACGCGCCUGCCUGUCCUGCGAAGCGACAUGAGUCUCAAGGGAUCCCUCAGCAGCAGCCCCGGCUCAUCAAAUGGCAGCGUGGGCAGAGCGGACGGAGCCUCCAAGCUGAGCGCAAAGGACCUGUACGAACAAAGGAAAAAAUACUCCAACUCCAACAUCAUUAUGCACGAGACUUCACAGUACCACGUACAGCACUUGGCCACCUUCAUCAUGGACAAGAGCGAGUCCAUCGUGACGGUGGAUGAUGCUAUCCGAAAACUCAUCUUGCUCAACUCAAAAGAGAAGAUCUGGACGCAGGAGAUGCUGCUGCAAGUGAAUGACAAGUCCAUUCGCCUGCUGGACUGCGAGUCACAGGAGGAGCUGGAGGACUUCCCUCUGCCAACAGUCCAGCACUGCCAAACAGUGCUGAACCAGAUGCGCUAUUCCUCCAUCCUCCUCCUGGUGUGCCAGGAUUCGGAGCAGCACAAACCUGACAUCCACUUCUUCAACUGCGACGAGGUGGAGGCGGAGAUGGUUCACGAGGACAUAGAAAGUGCCCUGGCAGACCACAAGCACGGGAAGAAGAUACGACCACAGACACUCAAAGCAAACCAAGAAAAGAUCAAGCAGAGACAAUCCAUCCUCCCACCGCCGCAGGGGCCAGCACCCAUCCCAAUCCAGCACGACACGCGAGGCUCAGGGAUGAACAGGAACCGGGUGGCACCACCUUCCCAGCACAACCCAGACUAUGAACGACGAGGUUCCAGCUCUCAUGACCACGAAGAGUCCCGAGCCCUCUUAGCACAGAAGAUUGAAAAAGAAACGCAAAUCCUGAACUGCACUCUGGAUGACAUCGAAGUGUUCGUCGCCAGGCUUCAGAAGGCUGCAGAGGCCUUCAGACAGCUCAACCAAAGGAAGAAAGGGAAGAAGAACAAGAAGAAAGGGCCAGCAGAGGGCAUGCUGACUCUUCGAGCAAGACCCCCAAGCGAGGCUGAGUUCAUCGACUGCUUCCAGAAAACCAAACUGGCUUUUAACCUCUUGGCCAAACUGAGAAAGCACAUCCAGAACCCCAGCGCUUCAGAGUUGGUGCAUUUCCUGUUUGGGCCCCUGGAACUGAUCGUCAAUAGCUGUGGUAGCACUGAGCUUGCCAGGUCUGUUGUCAGCCCACUGCUUUCUAAAGACGCCACAGAUUUCCUCAGAGGACACCUCACACCGAAAGAGAUCAACCUCUGGGACUCCCUGGGAGAGACGUGGACCAGAUCCAGAGCUGAAUGGCCCCGAGAAGCAAACAUCCCCACCUACAUCCCCAAAUUCCGCAACGGCUGGGAACCGCCCGUGGAAAUCUUCCGCGGAGCUCCCUGGGAAAUAGACAUCGGACACUUGCAAGAAGAGCUAUCAUCAGCUAAUGGAUAUCCCUACCGGAACUCCUCGCUCAAGCGCGGCCAGACCCCUGAUCAGACACAGGCUGUGGAUGCCUUUAAACAGAACGUAACUCAGCACGUCAAUAGGAAUUUUGAGGCACAGGGAAUGGCUCCGCCGAAGAGAUAUGCCAAAAUCCGCUACGACUUCACCGCGCGAAAUGCCAACGAACUCUCAGUGCUUAAGGAUGAAAUCCUGGAGGUGUUGGAAGAUAAUAAGCAGUGGUGGAAGAAACUGGAGGAGCUGGAACAGGUCUGUAGUCAGUCUAACCAGAGGUACAAAGGAGACCCAGGCCCCAGGGGAUACGGACCAUCCAGCCCAACUCACAAGCUACCGGCCAGCUACGCCGGGGAUAAGUGGGGCAAACUUAUUCAUCAAAUGGAUGAGCUGAAUGAUGAGUUGCUAAAGAAGAUCACAAACAAUAAAAUUCAGCCUCCCCAGAGGAAUUUCAAAGUGGAAAAGCCUCAGCAAGUUUUUGUGCCCCUCACCUUCGAAUCCAGCACUGAGGAAGUCAAAGCUUGGCUGGAGGCGAAGUCAUUCAGCAAAGAGACAGUGGAGCACCUUGGCAUCCUUACUGGAGCUCAGCUCUUCUCCCUCAACAGAGAGGAGCUGAAGAAAGUGUGUGGUGAUGAGGGAAACAGAGUAUACAGUAAAAUCACAGUGGAGAAAAACCAACUGGAGAAAAGCAGAGGGGAGUCAGAGCUCCAAGAAAUCAUGAAGCGUCGCCAGGAAAGGAUCGAUUCCGCUAAUUAAAAUCUAUCACCUGCUUUAUUUCAGCUAUUAGUCGUAGUAGUGCAGAGAAAGGGAAUGAAAGCAAUGAUCCCCAGUCCAGACAAGAGACAGCAGGGCUCCACUUGGCAGUGUAAUUGCCAUCAAAGGGACAACUUCUGGAACACUGUUGAUAAGGGUAGACAAUAAGACCGUGUCCCAUUGGGAAAGGUGUUUUAAUAUUGCAUGAAGUAUUUUUUUUUUUAUAACUAUAUAUUUUAUACUGAAAUUUUAUGUGCAUGCGGUCA